AGUAAAAAGUGCCCGUAUGUCCUCCUCCACCUCCUCCAUCCACUCUGCUAACAGAAGGAAUUCUCUGUGAUACUCUGUUUAGGGGUUUCGCUUGCUCUUCCCUCUUUCUCUCGGCUCUUGCUCUUCAGGCUCAGUGAGCAAAGAUUGCUUGCUACUUCUGUGACUACCCUGCUACUGCUAAGGUCUUGUUGCUAUUUUUUGGCCAUGUAUAUAUGAUUUCUGUAUUUAGAUAGAUAUAGGAUUUACACGUAUUCUCAAUUUCUGUCUUCUGAUUCUUUCAAUCCUUUUUUUUUUUUCCUUUCCUUCUACUUGAUUCGUUGAGUUUGUCUCAACUCUCUAAUAUGGAGAAGAACCCUAGAUUAACAAAUAGUGAGGGCAUUCCUUGCGAUUUCUGCAACGAACAGAUCGCUGUUCUCUACUGCAGAGCUGAUUCUGCUAAGCUCUGUUUAUUCUGUGACCAUCAUGUCCACUCUGCCAACGCCUUAUCCCGUAAACACCUGCGUUCUCAGAUCUGCGACAAUUGCAGCUCCGAACCGGCCCCUAUCCGCUGUUCCACCGAUAAUCUCGUGCUAUGCCAAGAGUGCGACUGGGACGCACACGGGAACUGCUCUAUUUCCGCCUCUCACGAGCGCAAUCCGCUUGAGAGCUUCUCCGGUUGCCCUUCGGCGACUGAACUCGCUUCAGUUUGGGGCUUCGAUCUUGGAGAUAAGAAAUCUCUGAUGCCUCUCCCGCCAUCCCAGCUCUCGCAGGAUAAUCACAUGUUCCCAAGUUGGUCUGCCCUGGAUUCCGUUGUCUCUGUCGAUUCUUGGGUCUACAAGUAUGCUCCUGUGACUUUGCAUGAUCUGAUGUCGCCCAAUGAGAAUGGCCCUCCCUUGUACCCCAGUGUUCCGAGUGCCGAGAUUCCAGCACUGUCCAAACGGCAGAAUUCCAACUGUGGGAAGCAAACUCAAGUUAUAUUCAAGCAGUUAGUGGAACUGCUUAAGCGGGAUCUGGUCAGCGGUGAUGGAGUUGUGGACGAGCUGGGUCCUGGGACACCCGGUAGGACUACGCAACCAGGCAAUAUCGAAGCUCUUGAUUUGCCUGAUGGAGGUGAUGUGGUCGCAGACACCAAUCAAUUGUUGCAGCAGCAAACACCAUUUACGUCGUUGCUUAUGUUGCCUGCUCGUCUGGAUCCAAGAGAGAGCAAUCGUCUCAUUGAAGACAAUAUUAUGUGGGACUGUAAUCCCACCGACCAGGCCGCUCAGAUUUGGGAUUUUAAUUUAGGUAAAUCGAGGAAUCAUGAGGAGGCUGGUCCAUUAGAAGUCAGAUAUGGUUCAAGCAAUGCCGGUUUUAUCAUCAAGAGUUAUAAUGACCUUAUCAAGGGAACUAGCUUAACAGCUAAGAAAGUGGUGGAUGACAUAUAUGAGAUGAACUGGUUUAUGACACAUGAUGAUAUUUCAUCACAAAAUAACAACUCAAACAACCUAGCUGCAAGCCAGGGGCCAACGACCUCUGAAAGUAAUAAUAUACCAGUAUUGAGGGCAUCUUCGAGUUCAACUUUAGCUAAACCUAAAGCCUGUGGCAACAGCAAAGAUGCCCAUUUCCUCAAACAAUCUCUCUUGGUUAGCAGCGAAACUGCAAGAGCAGCAACCAAGGCUGACAUGGAGAUGGUAGCACAGAACAGAGGAAAUGCCAUGCUACGUUACAAGGAGAAAAAGAAAUCUCGAAGAUAUGAUAAGCACAUCCGGUAUGAAUCAAGGAAGGCAAGGGCUGAUGCCCGAAAGCGUGUGAAGGGCCGGUUUGUGAAGGCUAGUGAAGCUCUCAAUGCUGAAAGAAACAGCUGAACAGUUUUGAGGAUGAGCUAUGCUUCGGUCUGUAGAUAUUUAUUGCUCCUAAGGUGGUGACUGGAAAAAAAAAAUCAAGCAUUAUCUAUUCCUUUGGCCACUCCAAUUUGAUGUAGAAUCCGUGUGAAAAGUUAUGGGCCAUAAUGAAAGGGGGCAUAUGUUUGAAGUUUGAUGGAAAUGAGGCCUAACUAAGGGUUCACAAAAUGAUCUGCCCUGGUCCUGCCCAUGCCCAUGUCGGCCUACUUGAAGCUUUUCAUGAUAGGCCCACUGAGUAAUGCAAAUUCAGGCCUGGGCCUAGCCCCGCUGGAUGGUAGUAAGUAGGUGGGCAAGAUUACGGAGCCUAUCCAUUAUAUCUGGUAACUUUGUACUCCUAAAUAAGUCAAGUACCCUGCCAAGUGCCAAUCAAAUUUGGAUAUUUAUCUGAAAGCUUGACAAGCAUCUCUCUAUAUUUUUUGAAUCUAUUAGUAAUUUCUCUAUUCAUUGUAUCUCUUAAUCUCCUUGUACUACCAAGCCAUUCAUGGUGGAGUUAAGGGCCACCUGGACCUGGAUGUUCUCCAACACAUGGUUUCUUGGUUCUGCAGUACGAAUCGAUUCACUUUGAAUUGAUUCUUUAUUCAGAAUCUAAUCCCGGUUUCAAGUGAAUCACAUUACUACA